UCUGUGCGCGUUCUCGAUGAUCUUGCCAUACAAAACAAAGCUCUCUGCGCCGCUUUCAUUCGGGUUUUUUUUUGUAACAGACCACAGGCUGGAUUCGCAUGCAGACGGAGAAGAAAAUCCUCCCGGGGGAGGAAAAUGGAUUUACAGAUAGUCUAAUAAGCUUUUGAUACCUGGAUCAGGGUAGUAAAAAAAAUAAUACAAAUACAACAACACGCCAGGAGGUCGUUGUUUUGAUCAAAUACCGCUUUGAGCGCUUUGUCUUUGGCCAUUUACUGCUGCGAGCCAGCGUCUGGUGGGAAAUAAGCGAUCGCCAUGUUGUUACCAAAAGGGCUUCACUAAAGAAGGUGGACAUUGAAAGUGUGGAGGGAAUAAAAUCCUUUUAUUUCCCUCUCUCUCGCUCUCCAUCGCGGUCUCGCCGUUCUGCUGACUGUUUGUCCUCGGCGACAUGGCGGAGCAAAGCUACUCUUGGGCGUACUCCCUUGUCGACUCCAGCCAGGUGUCCACCUUCCUCAUUUCGAUUCUCCUCAUUGUCUACGGCAGCUUCAGGUCGUUAAACAUGGACUGUGAGAACCAAGACAAGGACAAGGAUGGAAAUCCCACAGCUGCCAGCUCUUUCAACAACACCAACUCCAACAACAGUAUUCAGACCAUCGACUCUACACAGGCUCUGUUCCUCCCAAUCGGAGCAUCUGUCUCGCUCUUAGUCAUGUUCUUCUUCUUCGAUUCGGUCCAGGUGGUUUUCACCAUCUGCACUGCAGUUCUGGCUACUAUAGCGUUUGCGUUCCUGCUGUUGCCGAUGUGCCAGUAUCUGACGCGACCCUGCUCCCCACAGAACAAGAUUUCAUUUGGCUGCUGUGGCCGCUUCACGUUAGCUGAGUUGCUCUCCUUCUCCCUCUCGGUCAUGCUCGUCCUCAUCUGGGUGCUCACAGGACACUGGCUCCUCAUGGACGCACUGGCGAUGGGUCUGUGUGUGGCGAUGAUCGCCUUCGUGAGAUUACCCAGUCUGAAGGUGUCCUGCCUGCUCCUGUCUGGUCUGCUCAUAUACGAUGUGUUCUGGGUCUUCUUCUCGGCUUACAUCUUCAACAGUAACGUGAUGGUGAAGGUAGCCACGCAGCCGGCCGAUAACCCGCUGGACGUUAUCUCCCGUAAGCUGCACCUGGGCCCCAGCAUGGGCCGCGACGUGCCCCGCCUCUCGCUCCCAGGCAAGCUGGUGUUCCCGAGCUCCACGGGCAGCCAUUUCUCCAUGCUGGGCAUCGGCGACAUCGUCAUGCCCGGACUGCUGCUGUGCUUCGUGCUGCGAUACGACAAUUACAAAAAGCAGGCGAGCGGCGAGGCAUCGAGCCCCGCCAACAUGUCCGGGCGCAUGCAGCGCGUCUCCUACUUCCACUGCACUCUCAUCGGCUACUUCGUGGGUCUGCUGACUGCGACCGUGGCGUCUCGGAUUCACCGUGCGGCUCAGCCCGCUCUGCUCUACCUGGUUCCCUUCACCCUGCUGCCUCUGCUCACCAUGGCCUACCUGAAGGGAGAUCUGCGGCGCAUGUGGUCCGAGCCUUUCCACACCAAGUCCAGCAGCUCCCGGUUCAUGGAAGUAUGAUGGCCAUGAGCAAGAUGGACAGCAUUCAACUCGACUCAUCCCCAACACACACAUGGAGAGGGAGAGCAGGAGCACGCGAGAGGGGGAGUCGCACUCGUCUUCUCACCUCCGUAUUCGUCGAUCAGAUGGAGAGCAGCUUGACUUCACUGCCAGAUGGAUUCUGCUCAGCACAUUCACUCACCUUCUCUUUUUUACCUCUUCUGUUUCUUUACCUCUCUAUCUGUCUCUCUCUCUCUCUCUCUCUCUCUCUCUCUCUGUGUGUGUGUGUGUGUCUCUCUCUCUCUUUGUCUCUGUCUCUCUCUCUCUCUGUGUGUCUGUCUCUCUCUCUCUCUCUGUGUCUCUGUGUGAGUGUCUCUCUCUCUCUCUCUCUCUCUCUCUCUCUCUCUCUCUCUCUCUCUCUCCUAUAUCUCCCCCAUUGGUCCCUGUUGGACUGAGAGACCACUCCUUACUAGACUCGUCUUUACGGGACACAACCCGUGCUCGUUGAGCUCCACAUGAAUUUUUUUUUUUUUUUUUUUUUUUUAAAUAAUCGGCGUCAUUAUGGAUUUGCAGACAGGUGGUGGUUUUUUUUUUUUUUGUUUUUUUUUUGGAACCAUGGAUCAGACUGAGACAGUCUCAGCUUAGGAUAGUGAUGACCCUGAGGGGACCAACACACACGCACACACUUAUACAUGCACACACACUCAUAUACACACACAUACACACACAUACACAAGGCCACAGACGCUUCCCUGCUUCUCUCUCUCUCUCUCUCUCUCUCUCUCUCUCUCUCUCUCUCUCUUUCUCUCUCUUAUAAGCCCCUCCCCUUUCCCCUUAACAAAUACGUGUAUUUUAUUUAGAAAGAUUUUAUUCUUGGCAUAUACAGAAACGACGCGUUAUGAAACGGAGUGUGCCCUUUACCGUCGGGAAGGCCACGCCCCCUCUAUGUAUAUAAAUGUGUGUACACAUGUAUUAGGGUUAUCAUGUCGGGGUGCAAGUGUGUGUGUGUCUGUGUGAUCAAAUACGAAGUGUGUGUGUGCGAGUGAGGUUUUUUUUGUGCUUUUCCCUUUGUUGCUUUUUCGGUGGAUUUGCUGUCAGGGGUUGAUGGGAAAUGCCCCCCCCCCCUUUAAAAAAGACUCUAAAAGUCGCACCAUAUACACUUUUUAUGGCCGUGUUCCCUCGUUUAAAGGGGUAGUUUGGUGAAACGUGGUCGAUCUCUCGCUCCGUGGACGUGUUACCCGAGGCCUGACGUUCGCACGGUUUUUGUUGUGUUUCAGCGUGUCCUGGUCUGCGUUAGACCUCAGCGCUGAUGAAUUCACCCGUAAAAUCUCGACGAGCGAUUAAUACGUCAGCAGGUCCAGUUUCAACACAACAGGGCGAACAGCAUUAAUGCACUCGUUUGAACACGUUAUCGUUUCUAUAGUAACCGCUCCUUCACUUGUAUUCACGUGUAAUCUAUGGAUGCACUCUGUAGUCCAUUCGAAUCGAACCCUGGUGGUGUGUUUUGUUUUGUUUUUUUUGUUGUUUUUUUGUUUUUUGUUUUUUUUUUGUCCCGUCCCGUUCUCUCCCCCCCACCCCCACCUUUCUUCUUCUUCUUUAGUCCGCUUCCUAGACCAUCUCGGCGAUCAUCUCGACGAGGCCCGUCUCUAGGGCGCUUACGGAAACGCUAGGCGAUGCCGUCUGGAGAUGUUUCGACUGAACCUAAAGAGAAAAGAAACCCUGGAGGCGAUACACAAACCGUUUAAUAGAAUCAUUUCCUAACAGAUCGCGUGCGCGUCGGUGUCCGGCGUGCUCAGAUCGAUGUUUUUGUGAAUUCUCCCCGCACCGCACGCUCAAGUUCUUCCGCGUUUCUCGUCACCGUGAUUCUGACCGGUUACAGAAACGUACACCUUUUCUUAUUUUUGCAUACACUACGCUGCCGUUGCUGGUUCACUUAAUUGCGUGCGAACAAACUAAAUAAAACAUCAGUAUCGCAUUUCGUGCCGAUUUUGAAUUCAGUAAACGGACUAAUAGCUGUGAAAGCAAGUCUAAAUAGAUUAUUUUUUUUUUUUUUUUUCCCCCCCAACCAAAACAUUAUUAUUUAAUAAAUAAAAGCGCAUACUUAUUGUUGACACGUUUUCUGUAUACCACCCCUUGUAAAAAUGUUGGAAUCAACACCACACUUAGAGGAUGUUCACCGAGAUUUUGUUUACUUCUGGGCAAAUAAACAAAUCACAGAUAUGACGCACAAGCAUUUUUAUUUUAAUAGCUGGACCAUCUGGCUUCGUAAAACGUACCCCGGACGAAUUGAAUGAAUUUAUUUAUUUUUUCUAAAUCAAGUAGAGGAAAAACAGUUGUGGAAAUCAGCUUAUAAUUUGCAUUUCUCAAGCUAAUACCAGCACUAAAGUCUUAAAAAUGUCAUGUCUGUAUUAGAUUUUAAAUCUAAAAAUUAUGGAAUCAACAACAGAACACGAUUAGUACUCGGUUGCUCUUCCUCUGGCUUUUUUUCUCCUUCUUCUUUCUUUGUGGCAUGGACUUCACCAGUGAAAACAAUAUUCUCCAUCAAGCUGGUUCCAGCUUUCUAGAAUAGCGUUUGACUGAUCAGCUUGGUCAUAGACUUAUUAUUAUUAUUAUUAUUAUUAUUAUUAUUAUUAUUAUUGUACCAUACAUUUUAAAUGGGAUUGAGAUCUGGACUGUUUGUCAUCGAGUCCUUAUCGCCACCAAACCUAGUUUCUAUCGAUGGAAUGAGAAAAGUGUCCCAAAUUUCAUCGUACCCCUGUGUGUUGACUGCCGAGGUCUGCCCCUGGUCCUUUACCUGACGUGGAACUCCAGAUCAUAACCGAGUGUGGAAAUUUCCUUCUUCUUCUUCAGGCAGUCGACUUUAUUAUACGUUUCAAGACUCCGUUUUAACUGCAGACUCAUUUGCGUUUUUAGACUUCAGUGCUGGUAUUAGUUUUAGAAAUGCAAAUUUAUAAGGUGAUUUCCAUAAUUGUUUUUCCCUCUACUUGAUCGGGGGGGGAUAAAAUGCCAUUUAAUGAAAAUAAUUUCAUUAAACUUGUUUGAAUUCUGUUUUACCGAAGCCAGAAUGUUCAACAAUUAAACAAAACAAAACAAAAAAAGUUUUGCGUCAUAUCUGUGGCUUGUUUAUUUGCUACGAAGUUGGGUUUUUUUGUUCGUUUGUUUUUUUAACAUCCUCGUAGUGUGCCGAUUCGUCAUUUUUGCCAGUGGCACUAGAGAUGUCUGUGUGACGUUUAUGAAAGGAGUCUCCAGUGUCGGCGCUUCGUAACGAUCAGUAAGUCUUCAAGACCGAGGACUUUUGUGCGUUCGGGUUUCUCUUUUAAGAUUACAAGCGGCUUUAUUUUUUUUUCUUUCUUUCUUUCUUUCUUUCUUUGUUGUUUUGUCUCAUUAACUUGGAAAGUGAAGCUGGUUUAGGGAAUGGAUGUUUAUAGCUGCUAUAACGUGAGAGAACGGGAACGACCGUUUCUUGUAGAUGUUCUGUAACAUCUGCGAGUAUAAACGGUUCGGAAAGGAUGACGUGCUGAUCAUUUAACAGAUCCCACCACCCAGGGUGGAUUAUUUUCCGGUCACAGUACGGCCCUGUGUGGCGUUCGUUACUUCUAAUACGACGCUACACCGGAUUCAUGGUUUCAGAAGUAACUUCACCAAACUAUUCCUUUAAGCUGCAGGAGGGACUGGAGGGUGGCACGGCUUCAAGAGGGGCUUCAGAACGCUGUGUGUGUGUGUGUGUGUGUGUGUGACUGAACUGAAUGUAUGAUUACCUCUGUUUAGUCUGGUUCAGAAUGGUGCUCUUACAGUCGACGGGCUCGGCGCUGAUUACGGUUGUCAUUAAGAAGGAAUAAGAACCCAAGAUAAUAAUAAUUUGCGUGUUAAGGAUCAGAACAUGUUGGAAAAGUGAGAACUGGUUCAUAACCUGGUGACUUGUGUUCUAACUUACAUUCUCCUUUUAUUUUAGUAUUUUCCUGACAGUUAUUCGUUCAGCCCAUGGGACUGGAAUUGUGUGCAUGUGUGUGAGUGAGAGUGGUGUGUAUGUGCAGUUUGUCUGUUGAGGUCUUCUUGAGUUUCCCUCCUUUUUUUUCUUUUUCUUUUUUUUUUUUCUUCCCCCUCUUCUUCCCUAUUUGUUACCUAUUUCAUUAUUUCUAAAUCUGUGAGUUGUCUGGCCUCGCAUGUGAAGUGUACAGUGUGUCGUCGUUCAGGAAGCCCACGGCAGCACUGCGACACUCGCGCACACGCAGGGUUUCAACGAACGAAAGUACGAUUGCACAACAACAUAAACACAAGCGCUCGAGCUGCAGAGAUCCUCGGAGGGUUCGGACGCCUCGGGGCCCUUUAUCUCUGACCGGGACCUCGUAUACGCCAGGCAGAUUAUUUUCCUGACCAUGGCACAUCUGGAGCACCACAAGACGUCUGCUUACCCACAAUCCCUUUCCUGAUCCGCUGUCAGUCCCCCUUAUGGACUUGAAGCUCUGAAGUCAUUGAAGGAACAAUGAACAUUUUCAAAUGUUUUUUUUUUUUUCUUUAUUUUAUUUUUUUGUUUUGGUUUAUCCCCUUAUUUGUAUUUUUCUGAGUGUUUUAUUUUAUACUUCACCUCACCCCCCUCCAUCCCUCUUCACUCCCUGCCAGCAGAGGGCGCUGGGCUCCGUUGGCACAUUUGCGUUACAGCCAAAAGGAUUCUGUAUAAAAGUGGAUUUAAAAAAAAAUAAAUAAAUUAAGAACUGUGUAGUGACAUGGAUCCUGACGCGCUGUACCUAAACGUUUUCAUCUCCUUUAACCUGCUCCCCUUCAUCCGGUCAGGAUUCUGCUGUAAAUAAACGUGACUCUAACUGUAGCGCCUCCUUCCUGUCUCACUCUCUGUUUAAUGCCUGCACAAAAACACAGACCAAGCAAGUUUUUAAUGGUUUAAAUUACAACUUAGGAAAUGGUUCAAUCAUGACUUCCUGUUUCACAGGGGUGUAAAUAUGAGGGCAGACAUAGGCCAAAUUCCCUUAGUCAUCCAUAACAAUAGGUAAGAUCAAGGAAUAUAGCUGUGAUGUGCGGCAAAAGGUUGUUGAUCUUCACAAAAUGGGGCGUGGCUAUAAGAAAAUAGCACAAGCAUCGAAAACGCCCAUUUCCGCCAUCAGGGCAAUAAUUAAGAAGUUCCAGUCGACUGGAAAUGUUAUGAAUCGACCUGGAAUUGGACGCGUGUCUAUAUCGCCUCAACACACUGUGAAGAGGACGGUUCGAGUGGACAAAAAAUCUCCAAGGAUCACAGCUGGAGAACUGCAGAGGUUAGAUGUGUCUUGGGGUCAGAAAGUCCCCACUAGGAAUGGCCAUCCCCGUCCCCUGACUUGAACCCCAUAGAAAACCUGUGGAGUGAACUGAAGAGGAGAGUCCACCAGCAUGGACCUCGAAAGCUGAAGGAUCUGGAGAGAUUCUCCAACCUCAUCAGGCAUUAUAGGAGAAAAUUCAGAGCUGUUGUCUUAGCAAAGGGAGGCAGCGCAAAGUAUUGACUAAAAGCGUGCCAAUAAUUGUUGCACAGAUAUAUUUAACAAAGUUGGGUUGCUUUUUUGUUUUGUUUUGUUUUGUUUUUUUAAUAAACCUGUGUUCUGUUUGCAACUGUUUGAUGUCCAUGAGAGCAGAGUAUUUUUGUGGUGUUGUUUUUUUUUUUAACAAAAGAUCAAAAGGUUAAACAAUAAAGACCAUUUUUCACA